AUGGCACCCUUUUUCGGUAGCUGCGACCCUUUCUCCCCUAUUUCCGCGCCUUGCACAAUUGGAAAUCUUGUGCAGUAUGCAGUCAAUGUCUCCGAGCCGGAACAUGUCAUCAAGACUUUGAGUUUUGCGAACCAGCAUAAUAUUCGGUUCGUUGUUCGUAACACCGGGCAUGACUACCUUGGGAAGUCUACUGGCAUGGGCGCUCUGGCUGUUUGGAUGCAUAAUCUCAAGAAUAUCGAGAUUAAGGAUUGGAAGGACUCGUAUUUCACUGGAAAGGCAGCGAAACUUGGGGCUGGAGUUCAGGGCAUUGAAGCCUUUGAGACUGCUCAUAAAUACGGACUCAGGAUAGUCGGAGGCGAGUGUCCGAGCGUUGGACUGGCUGGGGGAUACAGUCAAGGUGGCGGUCAUUCAGCCUUGUCUUCGAGAUACGGCCUGGGCGCAGACCAAGUUCUUGAGUGGGAGGUUAUCGACGGCACUGGGAGAUUCCUAGUUGCCAACCGUGAGCAGAAUUCCGAUCUGUAUUGGGCACUCGCCGGCGGAGGUGGCGGAACUUAUGGUAUUGUCUGGUCUAUGACUUCCAAGGCUCACCCUGAUGGCAUUGUCUCAGGCUUAAAUCUUACCUUCUCUGCUACGGAUAUCUCUACAGAGACAUUCUUCCAGGCUGUGGAGUUAUAUAAUGCUCAUCUUCCCUCGAUAGUCGACGAGGGUGUGAUGAGCCUUAAUUUUUUGACCAGCACGUCCUUCACUAUCGCUCCCAUGACUGGACCGGAUAUUCCCUUGGGAAAGCUCGAGACUUUGUUCCAGCCAAUUCGUGAUGGUCUUGAUAAGCUCGGAAUCAAGUACAAGUAUCAGUCGGAGGAGUUCGAUUCUUAUCUUGCCCAGUUCCAAGGUCAACAGGCGCCAAUUGAGGUCGCUAUUGCCCAGUACGGUGGCUGGCUUGUUCCCCGGUCGGUGGUUCUGGAUAAUAACCGUGGCUUGACGGAGUCCAUUCGAAACGUUGUGAGCAGCGGCGGAAUAUUUACCACUGUCGGUAUCAACGUCUCUAAGCAGGUCGGCGGUGAUGUCUAUAACGCUGUUCUGCCUGCUUGGCGCGAGGCCAUUGCACACGUCGUUUUGAGUACCAACUGGGAAUGGAAUGAUCGCGAGUAUACUCUUGCAGCCCAGGAAAAGAUGACCAACCACUUUGUGUCGAGUCUGAUGAAAUUGGCUCCUAAUUCUGGAGCUUAUCUUAACGAGGCCGACUUCCGUCAGCCCGAUUUUAAGACGGCGUUUUAUGGCAAGAAUUCGAGGCUUUGCGUCAAGUCAAAGCCAAGUAUGACCCUCACAACAUCUUCUAUGGGCUGA